AUGCCCACCGCCUCAGCAUCUCCGCUUCUACCCGUCGAGCUGCUCUUAUCCAUCUUCAGCCACCUACGGCCGCACGAUCUUGCCCAAGUCUGUAAGGCGAACUCGCACCUUCGCGCUGUCGCCCGACCGCUCUUAUACCACUUCGGCACGUUCACCAAGUUUGGCUUGCACUUUCCCGGCGCAUCCAACCCUUACCCGUCUCUCGAUGUUCCGGAGAUUGGCGUAACCGCCCUCAACGAUUCCUCCCGGGCCCAUCUCUUCUCCCAGAUCCAGGAGCUCACCAUCCUCACACACACUCCAUCAGAGUGCACCGUCUUCCGGAAUCUGGAGGAGAAGCACAACCCCAGCGCAGUCAAGGUCUUGCGCGUCGAGUGCGCACUUCGCAUCAUGGGCUAUGCAGACUGGGAUCCUGAGGGAGGAGAUUUUACUCACACCAAGCCUUGGCCCGCUGCCAUAGAAGAAAACUACUGGAGCGGCUGCUUCCACUGCGAGUAUCCCUGUCACUACCUCCAUCCUUUGCUUUCCUCGCUCCGUGCCGAGAAGGUUGUCUUCCGAGACCCGCCUAUCGGAACUGGUGACAACGAAAUGACCUGCAUGGAUGAAUAUAAUCCUGUGAGGGAGUUCGUAGCCGUACUGCACUCAGAGCCCAUUGCCAUGGGUGGAGGAUGCCAUGUGUUCUGUGGCUCCGUCAGAUGGGGCGUUCGUCCGUUCUGGUGUGCACCCUUAGUCACAGUCAUCUUGUGGACUGGCUCCUCAGAUGCCGAAUGGCUCCCUGCAUGUCUCAACGCUGGGCACAUGACGGAUGCAGAGUGCGACACAGACGACUCGGACCUGGACUACCUUUCACCGCCUCGAUACUGUGACGCGUUGGAGUCACUGUGGAUUGACACCGGAGAGCAAGUAGCUCUUGGUGGCCAUUGUACAAGACUGCGCAUCGUAAACGCCGCUGCAAGCUGGAAGUCCUCAAGAUGGACCGAAGACUUGGCUCAGAGCGUCCGCCGAGUCUCCAGCUUCUCAAAGGUCAAGAAGCUCGUCCAGCGCGGUUGUGAGUCCGCUCUCCGUGGGACGAAAGAGAAGUGGACUGGUGAAGUGCAGUUUCUCUCAAUGGAGGAAUGGAUUGCACUUGGCGAGUGGGAGGAUGUCUUCUCCCGGAAGGAAAUGGCGCCUUUCCUCGCAAAGGAAUAG